AAAUGUUUUACCAUAUAGUAUCAAGAUGGCGUUUUCAUCAAUGUUGACAAACGUUUAUAUACUGUUGCUUUGCUUUUAUAAAAUCUAUUCCGGCGUUCAUUGUCGCGUUCUUGAUUUUGGGAGCGAUGCCUCGGAGGACGAAAUUAGCCGAUACUCUGGCACUUUCAACAAUGGAGGCAUAUAUCAUCUUCUAUACACGAAGUCUGAUACGAUAACUAGGGUGAAGUAUGGUAUAUUUGAGAUGGACGUCCCCAAAUUUUCUAGUGGUAUGACAGAUAUAUUUGUGGAGUUAAUGAGUCGUGGUACGAUAACUAUGUUUGUGUCAGUUACUUUUGUUGGUGCUAAUAUUUCAGAGGAGCAUGAGCGGGUGUAUAUGGAAUUGUCUAUUAAUGGUGUACGAUCCGUUAGCAAGCUUGCCAAGGAUUUUUUUGUUGAUGGAUUUAUUUCAUUAAAGCUAGAUUUGUCAACUGCCGAUACUCACCCGCUAAUACACCGAAAAAUGGCUACACGCGACAACAAGGACUAUAAUUGGUAUUACCUUGGCAAUCGUGCUGAAGAUUCUGAGGAGCAUGCAUUAAGUCGUUUAUGGUUUGAUGAAAAAUACAUCAUAUCACCUGUUACUAACAUUGAGAGUUCAUCUAGUAUUGUCUAUGUUCCGCCCAAUUCACUGUAUGGGCACAUUACAGGUUUUAUGUAUGUAUUUGAUGAGGAUUACAUUGUUAUAACGGUUUCGGAUACAGGUGAUCGAGAAUACAUUUUAAACCUACCUCCCGGUAAUCAUGAUUUCUUAAUUCCUAUAAAUAUGCUGCAUUCAUAUCCUAAGUAUCACAAGCUUUUGCCAUCUCCAGCGGCUAGACGUCCCAUUCACAUUGAUAUAGACGUUGCUCGAUUUUCUCCGCAGAAUCCCAAUGUUGUGACUUUGACCAACUGCAGGCGACUACAGUGGUAUUACAACCAGUAUACUAUUUUACCUAUAAACAAUGUGGAGAACAUAUCGGUUCGUGUGUUCGAUGCCUUUUUAAUGGCUGAGAUUUACACUGUAAAGGAACACGAAUUUGUUACGUUUAUUGAAUUAUUUGUUCAUUCAACCAACAACGAAUCAUUUGUUAUAGUCCACACUCGAGAUUUGGAGGAGCCACUGUCAGCUGACAAGCAUUGGGUUUUUAAGAGGCAUACUUCCGGGCAUCAGGCACGCUAUGUUGAGCAAAUCGGCGUCAAUUAUGAGAGAUCGUUACGACGUAUAUACAAGUGGUGGCCUCAAGUACCUACUUGGGCGUACAAUCGUCGAUGUUAGUGACAUAUCUAGUUUACUCA